AUGGAAUCAAACAGGGCUGCUGCUACCAGCCCGCUACGUAAUCAAUAUCACUAUAUAGAGGAAGAUGACGAACAUGACGACGAACAACCACACUUUUCCAACCACCAGCAAUACCACGACGAACAACAAUAUGAGGAGCCCUCAUCACCGAAAUCCUUCCAUUCUGAAGAGAAUUUUACUGUGAAGAAGGACGGGAGACCUGUUGAGAAUGGAGAAUACCUACCGGAAUCAGUUAGAUUACCCAAUGCAUCAGUUUACUCGCAAGCUCCCAUACCCGAUACCUCGAGAGAUUCGAGCGAGUUCUUUACUCAUAACCCGGAAAGAUUCGAUGUUGACGAGUACCUACGCUCAAAAGUCAAGAUGCAGUCGUAUACGCCCCACGACAACUAUUACAGGGAUUACAAUCCAUUCCAGCCUCUAGACAAGGGCAAAGGACCAUACGUAGAACACGAUGUAUACCACCCAAUCCAGGAUCCAAUUGUGGUGGCUAAGGUGGAUAACGUUCCACCACGAACCAUGUCGAACGACUAUGGACAACGAGAAAUGUCGCAGCGUAGAGGACCCGAGUAUUCUGACCAUAUUGAGCCAGAUCACAUUGAGCAGAAUGGAUGGCAUAGUGAGCGUGUUAAGCUGAAUAGCUAUGAAGAGACGGAUGAGGCACCAAAACCAAAGUCAAAGGCUUUGAUUUUACUACUGGUGUUUUCUCUGGCAUUAACGAUACUAAUGGCUGCACUUGAUUCUACGAUUGUUGCUACCGCUUUACCAAUAAUCGCAAGUCAAUUGGGUGAUCUGACGCAGCUGCCAUGGGUUGCUACGUCGUACCUGCUGACGUCCACGGUGUCUCUCCCGAUAUUCGGGAAGCUUUCUGAUGUGUUUGGUAGAAAAAUUAUACUUCUGAUAUCGAUAGCCAUCUUUUUGGUCGGUUCGGCGUUGUGUGGAGCGAGUCAAAACAUGAUCAUGCUCAUCGUGUUCCGUGCCGUGCAAGGUUUGGGGGGUGGCGGACUCAUGUCGUUAGUUAUGAUCACAUUAUCAGAGCUGGUUUCGUUACGUGAGCGCGGCCUAUAUCAAGGCUUACUAACAGGAGUGAUGGCUAUCGCUUUGUUGGGAGGUCCAAUCUUCGGAGGACUGUUUACUGACAAGCUGUCUUGGAGAUGGGCUUUCUACAUCAAUCUGGUCAUCGGUGUCUUCCCGGUCACAUUGAUUGUCCUCUUUCUUCACCUACCUGUCCGACAGGAGCGUGUAUUGAAAAAGCUGCGAAGAAUUGACUAUCUGGGAGCAUUCAUACUGAUUGCAUUCAGUGUUUUCUUCUUACUUGGCUUGCAAUGGGGAGGUCAAGAUUACGCAUGGAAUUCUCAAGAAGUUAUUGGAGUACUCGCAUGUGGUGUGGUCUUCUUUUGUCUCUUCAUCGUGGUCGAGUGGCGUUGGGCUGCAGAGCCCAUCAUACCAAUGCGACUAUUUGGAAUUUGGAACUAUGUUCUUUCUAGUAUUACGUGUUUCACAUGUGGAUUUGCCUUCUACUCUUCUGCAUAUUAUCUGCCCUACUACUUCCAAGUCGCGAAGGAUGUGUCAGCUACGACAAGUGGGCUGUACAUGUUUCCACUGAUGAUUGGGUAUUUGCUUAGUUCUAUCUUCGCUGGUGUCCUUGCCAUGAGAACGGGAAGGUAUACAGAGUACCCGAAACUAUGUGCUCUCAUGGCAACAUUUGGCUCUUACUUAAUCAGCCGAUGGGAUGGUAACUCGGGCCUGGGCGAGAUUUUGGGAUUUGGACUGAUCUUUGGAAUUGCAGCUGGAGGAAUCACACAACCAAUGCUAUUGGUGGCUCAAGCCUGUAUCAGGCCGUCUGAUCUGGCUACUGGAACAUCAGCAAACUCCUUCAUCAGGACGUUUGGUGGUGUCCUUGGGCUUGCAGUUAUGGGUUCAAUCUUGAAUAAUGUUUGGAGGACGAGUCUCUUGAAUUCUAUUGAUGCUCAGUCACUGAGCACUAUAUCUGUUGGGAACUCUUUCGACAUAGAGGUCAUCAAGUCAUUACCUGAUGCUACCAGACUGGUGGUUGUUCAGGCAUUUAUAGACGGCCACCGCACCAUUUGGUGGACGAGCGCGUGCGUAUGUGCUUUAGGCUACUUGGCUUGCAUGAUGAUCGUGCACAUACCUUUGAGAAAGACGACCGAGGCAGUAGUAGCAGAGUAG